CAGAAGCGCUCGCGCUGGAUGUGAAUCACAGUCACAUCUCUGCAAGCGUUUUAAUUUUAAACUUUAUCAACCAAAUGCGUUUUGCUUCACUUUGAAUUAUACCUGUGUGAGUUUUCUGUACAUUUUUUAUUUUCACACUUUUGUAUAGAUUUUUUCUAUGAUUUUAUUUUUUAUGUUUUUAUUGUACUAUGCUGGUGUCUUGUCGAAUAAUGGACUCGAUUAUCAUGAGGAACUAAAUAUUUAAUUUUAUACAACGUGUUUGGGAUUUUCUCUAUGAUGCUGCGAUUGAACGAGGACAAAAUGUAAUCAAACUGUUCUCCUAACUAACAUAAGAUGACUGUUGAAGUCUACAAAUCUACAAAUACAUUUCUUCUAUGAGUCAGAUCAGAGAAAGUCUGAAUGGUGAAUGAGCGACAGAAAGAGACACAAGAAUGCGUGUUAAAUACACCAUUUCUGUCAUCUUUAUUGUGGCUCUGGUCAUUAUAGAAAAAGAGAACAACAUCAUUUCCAAGGUGUCUAAUAAGCUGAGCCCAAAGCUGACCCCUCUAAUGCUGCCCGGGGAACCUGUCUCGGCCUCUCAGGGACACGAUGGAUCUGCUGUAUCUAUCAUCACCCAUACUGACAUCCCUCCCUACGGACACACGAAGCGGUGCGUGGAGAACUUCACAGAGUCCUUCACAGAGAGAUCAUCACCUGCGUCUACUGCAGGUGGAAGGAAACACAUCCUUCUGUUGGCUACGACUCGUACGGGCUCCUCGUUUGUGGGUGAAUUCUUUAACCAGCAGGGGUCGAAUAUGUUUUACCUGUUUGAGCCACUGUGGCACGUGGAGCGCAUGUUAACGGUGGAGACCGGCGGGACAAACGCCACGGUGGCGGGCCCGGCGUAUCGAGAUGUUCUGCACCAACUGUUCCUGUGUGACUUCUCUCUGCUGGAGAGCUUCAUCGAGCCUCCCCCUCGAGAGCACGUCACCACCUCCCUCUUUCGCCGGGAAUCAAGCCAAUCGCUGUGCGAAGAUCCGGUCUGCACACCGUUUGUGAAAAAAGUAUUUGAACGUUACCACUGUCGCACGCGGCGCUGCGGACCGCUCAACUUGACCCUCGCCUCUCGCUCGUGCAUGCAGAAGCAGCAUCGCACGAUUAAGUCUGUCCGCGUGCGUCAGUUGGAAACUCUGCGCCCGUUGGCCGAGGACCCGCGACUAAACAUGAAGUUUAUCCAGCUGGUCCGAGACCCUCGGGCCGUGCUCGCCUCACGUAUGGUCGCCUUUUCCGGCAAGUACGAGAACUGGAAGAGGUGGGCCACGGACGGAGACGUUCCAGUGGACGACGAUGAAGUGAGAAAGCUGAAAGGAAAUUGCGAUAACAUUCGCAUGUCCGCUGAGAUCGGACUGAGACAGCCACCGUGGCUCCGAGGCCGCUACAUGCUGGUACGCUACGAGGACAUAGCACGAUUUCCCAUGAGCAAAGCCGCAGACAUGUACAGUUUCACAGGGAUUCAGUUUACUACGCAGGUGGAAGAGUGGAUCUUGAAAAACACUCGAGCAUCUAGGGAGGCGAGUGGAGUUUACUCUACUCAGAAAAACUCCUCUGAACAGGUGGAAAAAUGGAGGUUUACCAUUCCCUUCAAACUGGUCCAGUUGGUGGAGAAAGUCUGCGGCCCUACAAUGACUCUGUUUGGCUACAGGUUUGCAGAAAACCAAGAGAUGUUGACUGAUAAAUCAAUAAGUUUGAUUGAAGAGAAAACAUUUUUAUGAUUGUACAAAGACAUCGUGAGCGGCAAGCGAAUCCUGAGAUUUAUG